UAAUAAGCCGACACUACACAACACACAGAGAGACAGAAACAGAGUCCCCAUUUCCCCCUCCCCCUAAUAAAACAUACAUUUUUACCAAUUCAAAGAGAGAAAAAAAGGACCCAAAAAAGAAAAAAAAAAUUAUUAUAAAAGAAAAAAACUAAUGACCAAUGGUUGAUCAAAAUGUUUACAAUAAAAUAAUCCCAUUUGGCUGAAUUCAAUAUCAUAUUCACAUGUAGUUCCCACUGCACCACCAUAACUAUUUAUCCACCUGCUAGCCCAGCCCCUCCCCAACCCAAGUAUACUACUAUUAAACCACACUACCCUCUCCCUCAUUCAUGUAAGUCCACUUCUUUUUUGUUUCUGGUUUCUGUUUCUUUCUUAUCUGUUUUCCCUUUGGGUUCUGUUUCUUCAUCUUGGAGAGGGAGAGAAAUUAAAGAAAGAGAAAAAGAUCAUGUCUUCAGUGUUAGGCUCACAAGGGGUGGUCUUGGCCACAGCCAUGGCGGUCUCUGGCACUGUCAUCCUCCUAGCUCUUCGCCUACAGAAAUCCUUGCCCAAUUCUCACUUCCCUGUUGACCAAAUCAACCAGUCCUCGCCUCAAAUUCUACGAUCUUGUAUAUCUUCUGAAGGAAAGAAGAGGAGGAAGAAGAACAAAAGGGUGCACUUUGCAGAGGAUGUGGUGGAUCCAAGUGGAGAUGGUCAGGAGUUUAGAAGGCAGCAUCAGAUAAUUACCUCCACUUCUUCCAAUUCUUCUUCUUCUUGCUUGUCGGCAUCUUCAACUUCAUCUACAGUACUGAAUUUUAAAAAGACAAGGGCCCAAAAAUUCAAAGGACCAAUGCCUGCUAACCGCGCGGCUCUCUACAAUGGAAUUCUCAGGGAUCGUGUGGUUCACCGAUUGGCCUACUCAUACUGAUUCACACGUUCUCUGUAUAUUGUGUAUAAAGAUUAGUGCUUUCUUUUUCUUUUUCUUUAAUUUGUACAAAUUUUCUUCUGAGGUUAUAAGGAAUAUUCGGAAUUGUAAGGAAUGAUGGGCCCACAGGUUUUGGUAGUUGUUGCCGUUUUAUGUUUCUUCUAGUAACAUGAUUGCUUGGGCACAGGGUGGAUCCUCUUUAAUUAAUGGAACAUUUUUUUGUUGAUAUUUCAA